CCACGGAGCCUAAUGUUCAACCUCUCCGGGACGAUGGUACUCUGGGCCAUCCUCCUCUCGCUAUGGCUAACCCUUGCCCAUGGCAUGCGAGACAGUCAAGUCAACGAACUCAGACAAGAAACAGAGCGCAUGUUCUUCCAUGGCUUCGAUAAUUACCUCCACUACGCGUUCCCCGAAGACGAACUGCGCGCGCUGACCUGCGGCCCCCUCGUGCGCGACGAGAAAAACCCCGAAAAUAACGACGUGCUGGGGAAUUACUCCUUGACUUUGAUUGACAGUUUGUCGACGUUGGCAAUUCUCUCUUCGAGUCCCGAUAGCGGCGAGCGGGCACUGGCCCAGUUUCAGGAUGGCAUUCAGGACUUCGUUAGGCUUUAUGGUGAUGGAUCCGAUGGCCCUGCUGGUCAGGGCGAGAGAUCUAGGGGAUUUGAUUUGGAUAGCAAAGUCCAGUUAUUUGAGACUGUGAUUCGGGGACUCGGUGGAUUGCUAAGCGCCCAUCUUUUUGCCGUUGGCGAAUUGCCUAUCACUGGAUACGAGCCCGCGGAACGAGAAACGGCUUUCGCAAGCGCGUGGGACAAAACCAAUUUUGGAAAGGAGGAUCAUGGCAUUCCGUGGAAGAAUGGCUUUAUAUAUGAUGGUCAACUGCUUCGACUGGCCGUUGACCUGGCACAUCGCUUGCUUCCUGCCUUCUACACGGAGACCGGCCUUCCCUACCCUAGGGUUAAUUUGCGUCACGGAAUACCUUUUUAUGAGAAUGCGCCGUUGAACGCCAAUGCCCGAAGAGGGGAGAAUAAGCGCAAAGAUAAAUCUUCGUCGAGCGAACCGGCAGAGAACUGCAGUGCCGGUGCGGGCAGUCUGGUUCUCGAACUGACCGUUCUCAGUCGAUUGACUGGGGAUGGGCGGUACGAAGACCUCGGUAAAAGAGCUUUCUGGGCAGUCUGGGACCGCCGGAGUGACAUCGGAUUACUUGGAUUCGGUAUCAAUGUGGAGUCUGGCAAUUGGGUUGGUCCAUGGACUGGAAUAGGCGCGGGCAUUGACAGUUUCUACGAAUAUGCUGUCAAGGUUCCCGUCCUCCUUUCUGAAGGGGAGCGUGUGCCUUUUGAUCUUGAAAGCCCCUGGGCGGCAAUGGACUCUCAUUAUGCACAAGUGCCUUUGACGGACUACCAGCACACUUCUGAGGCCUUCCGGCAGGUCUGGGAAGAAUCGCACACGGCUAUCAAUCGCCAUCUUUUCCGAGGUGAGGGAUAUCAGCAUCCCCAUCUCAUUGUGGGUGAUGUGGUCACCGGUGCCACGAGAGCAUUCUGGAUCGAUAGCUUGAGCGCCUUCUAUCCAGGUGUCCUCGCCUUGGAUGGAAAGGUGGAAGAGGCAAUCCAGAUCCAUCUGCUGCCUACUGCCAUCUGGACCCGCUACUCGGGCAUCCCUGAGCGGUGGAACGUGGCUACUGGUGACAUUGACAAUGGUAUGCCGUGGUAUGGAGGCCGGCCAGAGUUCAUUGAGUCCAACUACUAUAUUUAUCGCGCAACUCAAGAUCCCUGGUAUCUGCAUGUUGGAGAAAUGGUUCUCAGCGACCUCAAGCGACGAUGCUGGACCAAGUGUGGCUGGGCUGGAAUUCGGAAUGUUUUGACUGGUGAGCUGAUUGAUCGCAUGGAGAGCUUUUUUACCGGUGAAACAGCCAAAUACCUCUAUCUUUUGUUCGACCAGAAUCACCCGCUCAACAAGAUCGAUGCCCCGUGGGUUUUCAAUACUGAAGGUCACCCUCUCAUAAUCCCAAAAAAGAAAACAUCGCCGCCUCGCCAGCGCUCGCCGUCCAACGAACAGCGCAUCCCACCGGGGGUAUGUCAAAUCACACCCCCGCUGUUCUUCGGUGUAUCCUCGACUGCGUCCCGCUCAGAUAUUUUCCACGCUGCCACAUUGGCACGUUUGGAACUGAUGCCUGAUCGCAAAGCAACCCAGGGUCCCAUUCUGAAAGGCUCGCCCGAACAUCAAAGCGUCUUUGUGGCCGAUCUUUCGUCCCCAACGAACUACACAUUUUACCCAUGGACGUUACCUCCGCAGCUGGUGCCAUAUAAUGCCACCAGUGCCCCCAUGGCUGUUCGACCCACGCUUGACAUCUCAUUCCCAUCGCUCCCAGGCGGUGUCAACCUAGGACCAGGAGCACUGGAGCGAGUGCGAGACGGGAUCCUUGUCAAAACCAUCGGAGGACUUCGUCUGAGUAUGGUGCAGGAUGUAAGACUAGGAGAUCCGACGCCCACGACCGGGGAGGAAGAAGACGGAUACCGGGUACAAGUGAUCAACAAUGUGCCGUUGGGCAAAGAUGAGAAGGUAUAUCUCUCUCGCCAGAUCACCUUUGAUGUCGUCGAUCCGUAUGAUCCGAACUUCACCCGUGUUCGCGACAAUACCAUGCUUGACCUCGUCAUUGACGUUCUCCCAGAGCCCUCUCGCCGACGUAAUGCUUCGGCUCCUCCGCGAGAUGAACAAUCUCAAACAGAGUAUCCGCAAUCGCCAGACUCCGUCGGCCACAGACCCGCCUCCGCUGUUGAUGCCGCAAUCGACUCCCCAGACUCAACUGUAAAAGCCAUGCUGUCGUCUCUGGUUAACUCGGUCUCGUCUUUACUCCGCGACGAACCGACUGAACCAGCUCCACUGCGUCUGAGUCUCCCCGCCGCCAUCUCCACAGGUGUUGGAUCCGCCAUGCUACCCGAUAUUGAAGAGGCCAUCACCACAUCGCUAUUCGGCAGCCAAUCCACCAAACCUCUCACAUGGUCAAAUAUAUACUUCGCAGAUGACCUCUGCAAUGAGAGCUUCCCGCGCGAAAUCGCCCAGCACCACGAGGUCCUCGUCAUAAAACGCGGCGGAUGCACCUUCUCCGAAAAACUCCGCAAUAUCCCCGCAUACCGGCCAACGCGCAACGCGCUGAAGUUAAUAGUUGUGGUUUCAUACGACAACGACAUGCCCAACACAGAACCACAGGGCACUCGGUCUUCUCUCGCUGCUGUUCGGGCCGAGUCCACCCUCAUCCGCCCCCACCUAGACGAGGCCCAGAUGACUGCCAGUGGAAUCCCACGCAACUAUCUCAUUAGCAUGGUGAUGGUUGGCGGUGGCGACGAGACAUACCAGCUCCUCCGUCAUGCCGGCGGUAUCGGAGUCAAGAGACGAUAUACGAUGCGUUCGCGUGGUGUCCCCAUCACGAAUCUGCAUAUUGUUUGA